AUGACGCCCUCCAGCUAUAAAAACCGUACCUCUGCUACUCCCGAGUCCAAGCGCCCAGGAGCAACUCAGCGACGGCUUCACUGGACAAAUAUCCCAGCAUCCAACGCAAGACUGCAUCACCAAAGCGAUUUCUGUGACGAAGCCAAGGGCCAGGACGUGCCGGAGAUCACACGGGUCCGGAGGCCGACGGCCCUGGCGGAGGAGCCGGCUCCGCGAGGGCACGGCCGCAGGUCCCCCCAGCGCCAGCCUCCCCGGGGCCCCGGAGCCGCGGGCCCGAGCUCCACGGGCUCCAAGUUCUCCGAGCGCCCGCGGCCGAGCCGCGCCGGCCACUCCGGGCGGGCCCGCGCGCGCCUCGCGCCGCAAACAUGUGCCGCGCGAGUGGCCCGGAAGAGAAAUGACAGCUUCGGCGAAACGCACACCGCGGCCCGGCCCGCGCCGCCCCGGCACCCACUUCCCGGCCCGAGAGCCACGCCGCGGCCGCGGCUGCGCACCGCCGGGCCCCGGGCCUCGCUCCCGCCGCCGCGGCCUGCCCGCCGCCCGCCGGCCGCUCACCUCAGCGCGAGGGCGGGGAGGAGGCCACGGCGCCGCUGGAGUCGGGGCGGCGCGGAGAAGACGCUCCUUGGCCCUUCCGCUUCCCACAGGCUCCGGCUUUCGGGGCGGCGCGGGCGGAACAAACGGGCUCCACUACCCGCGGAGCACGGCCAUUGUGCGACGUCAUCGGGCCGCGACCGCCGUCCGGCCGGCCGGCGGGCUUCCCUCCCUGGCCCCGCCCCCCGCCGCUUCCUUCCGGCCUCGACGCGGGCGCCUCGGCGCGGCCCCGCGCGGCGCGCUCCCGCCGAGCCGCCCACGGCGCAGGCGCGGCCUGGCGCCCCGCCCCUCCGGGGGCGGGCCCGGGCCCGCGCUGCCCGCCGGCGCCCGCGCGGGGACUGCCCGCGCCGCCCGUUCCCGCAGGGGCGCCGGGUGCGCCGCGCGGGCUGGGCCCUGGCCUGGGCCAGGACGCCGUCGUGUGACGCGGUCCCGGGUGGUCGGCACGUCCCGGAGGCGGCUGGAAGGAACUGGCGUGCAGAGGCGCUCUGGCCUCCGGGCCGGGUCGCUGACCACGCCCAGCAGCCCGGCGACGCGGGUCCGACAGAAACGCGAGACGCCCCCGGGAGUCGGCCCGACGACGAGCCGCAGCCGACGGGCCGUCGAGCACGCGGAGGGGAAGACGGCAGGGCCCAGGGCUUCGUGGAGCUGCUCUGGGAGUGGCAGAGCAGGAAGACCCAGGAGCCAGUCAGCCCGGACCCCACUUUGCUGUUCUUUAGAGGGAAGCAGGGGUCAGUCCACGCUGACCGGAAGUGUGCAUCAGAAGUUGCACACACCUUCGGAGAGAUUGGACUAGUCCAUGGCAGGGGUACCGGCCCCGGCGCCUGCAGUGCCGGCAUCCCAUGUGAGCGCCUGCUCGAUCCCGGCUGCUCCUCUUCCGGUCCAGCUCUCUGCUGUGGCCUGGGAAGGCAGUGGAGGAUGGCCCAGGUCCUUGGGCCCUGCACCCCAUGGGAGACCCGGAGCUGGCUCCUGGCCUCAGCCUGUCCAGCCCUGGCUGUUGGGCCUUCUGAUUUAGAUCAUGAAGAAUUGUCCGGCUCCUGGACAGCCUCCUGUUACCUGGGGAGAGUGCUGUGGUCACGUCCCAGGGCACCCGCCCUGCACCCCGACAGGCCCCAUCCCAGGGCAUGCGCCCCUGCACCCCAACGGGCCGUGGUGCAGAGUGCCAGAGCUCAGCUCCUUCAGCCCGGGAGCCCCAUCCCCAACGGGACCUCCUACGCCAGAAAAAGCAACGAGAUAAAUGGGGGGCCCAGCCACGCAAAGAGGCGGAGUGGAUUCUUCCCGACGGAAGAAGGGGCUCCCGACCCCGUCUGGCUGAACUUCAGGGGAGCCCCUGGGGGGCCAGGCUCUGGUGAUCUGGCUCUCACGGUCUUUGUCCCGGCACCGUCUCCGUGGCUACACAGGUGACUGGCGGCGUCUGAUUCAAGAAGGCUGUCAGGCUCGAAGGGCAGUGGGGUGCCUGCGUCCUGGCCGUUACACCCGGUUACCCACGGCUGCUCACUUAAACCCCACGGUGAUUGCUGACCGCAACCAGAGGUGGAUGGCCAGAGCAUCCCUUGAUGUGGACUCUGAAAAUACCGACGCCGACCACAGAGGCGAAGUCACUUCACAGCCACGGUGUUUAGACACUAGAGCACACCCUGCCAGGAGCACCCGGUGGUUACCUGCAGGUGUGGGCCAGGGGUUGGCGUGCUGGCACAGAUCCAGUGAGGUCCAGCCAUUCCUCACCUCCAGCCCCGGCCAGGCCUGGGCUCCCUGCCCGAAGCCCGUAAGUGCAGGUGAGGUCCGAGGUCUGAGGCAGCGUCCACGGGAGCUGGUGAUGGGGGUGCAGUGCCUGCUGGAGUGCGUCCCCCGUGCUGUCCACACGCUGAACAGCAGCAGCGUCCACGCUCGUGUGGCCGGAAGGCCCGAGCUCGAGUUGCUCCCUUUCCCGUAGGACGGUCCGCAGACCUGCGUGGGGACCUCAGCUGUGCGACAGCUACUUCACGUUUCGUGAGAGGACGGCCAUGGCAGCGCCCCAUCAAUCGUAAGGGACCUGGGCCACCUCGGACCACCUCGGGCCACCCCACCUGCUCGCCCAGGUUCUCAGGCCACCUCGGGCCACCCCACCUGCUCGCCCAGGUUCCAAGGCCACCUCGGGCCACCCCACCUG